AUGGAUGAAGGCAUCAAUGUGGACGAUCUCUUCGGGGAGGCUCAUUCCUUGGACCUGGGGCUGCCUCCCGCGGCCAGUCUGCCAGCGACUAAAGGAUUGGCCCAAUGCCUCGAUGAGAUGCGACUACUCGGCUGCCGUCAACGAAUAGCAUGGUCUCGAUUAGGGGCCAUUGCAUACAUUUCCGCAGAUGGUGUUCGCGUCUGUGUGCGAAACCUUCAAUCCGGUCUAUCGGAUGGGAAAUGGGGACUGAGUGAUGAAUGUUCUCUCGCCCCCGUCACAGAAGCGCACAACGGCAAUCAGCUCGUCCAUCUCUCCUGGAGCGAUGCCGGAUCGGACCUCGCCGUCGUGGACUGCAUGGGUCGAAUCUCAAUAUAUUCCAUCUUCAUGGCGCUGAACAACAUCACGGGCUUACGACAGGCCAGUUAUGAUUCAGGGGAUGAUAGCAACCAGAUCGUGGGGUUGAUGUGGCUCAAUCCAGGUCGACAGGUCCAAGCGUAUCAACAAGCGGCAAAGUUGAACAACCGAUGGGCAUAUUCCCCCUUUCGGUGGCGCCCAACCCACCCGUCUCAUCCCGCGGGCAAGAGCUCUCUGAUUACGGUCACUCGAGCCGGUCAGAUCAGAUUGAUGUACCAAAACAUCAAUGGCAAGUGGGCGGAAGUUCCUGCCGAAUUGAAAAACACUGGAUAUUCCGAUAGACUACUGACACACGCUGCAAUGGUCGCAACGCAAGGAACCAUCCUCCUGGCCACCUACUCUGUAUGCCAGAAGCUGUGCCUCUAUCGGGUUGAAAUUGCCUGGACUCCCAACAAGUGGGAUCCCACCGUGAUGAGAAGCCCAAACAAGUGGCCGGUACCGGCUCUGCGACUUUUGCAUUAUAAGAUUGACAUGCCCAGCAGCAUUUGGAGCAUCAACCAUGACUCGGAGGCGCAGAUGGCUCAGUCGGUCCCAUUCCCAAACUCGGUCUACUCCUUGACACGACUCGAAAUGAUCCCAGGGCAGGUGGACAGCCCUACGGGACCAACAACCACUAGUCCGUGGAUCCUGGGGGUGUUCUCCAAGCCUCUCCAUGCGUCAUCUGAAUUUCCCCUUCAACAAGGUCCCGCCAGUGUCAUUGUUCGAUGGCAGUUGGACUCUACACAACAGUCGUUGCACCCCAAGUUCGAUGAAGUCGUAUCGAGAAAGACCCAUACACAAAUCAAACCCAAAAUCGAAAUGCGGCGUCUGGAGGAUAUCCACUUGAACAAGUACAUUGUAUCGGUGGACCUGAUGGAGCACGUUACAGCUCCAGCUUUGGCACUCACUCACGACGACGGGUCAAUUGCGUUCUACGAGACCAAGACCAUGACCUUGUUUAACGGACUGGACGAUGCCAGCACGGUGAAUUGUUUCGCACAGGCCGGAUUCCAAUUCCCCAUCGACGCUCCAGGUCUUUCGAUUGCCUUUUCUCCGAACUCCUGUGCCGCCGUGGUACUGGACAGUGGAAGCCAGCCACGACUAAGAUGGAUGGAGCACAACUUUGGAUCCAGCGGCGGCCUGUAUGACGAAGGGAAAUUUUCAGCCGCCAUUGCUGCGCUCACAUUAGCGUUCAGCCGGGGAUCGGGCAGUGACUCGAAUACGGAUGACAUUAUGAUGGUUGUGUUAGGCCAGCUAUCCUUGGAAAACCAACCAACAUUCCUGGGCGAAGUGUACCGGGCAUUAUCCAUCAACUGCAACUUCACCGUGGAACCAGACAAAAUCAUGACACAUACAUACAUACCUCGAGCCCUGAGUCUACAAACGAGUUUAGGGUUCAGAGGCAGAAACAGGCCUCGGACGAUGCCGUCGGCCAUGUCGUGGACCGUCCUGCAGCUGCGACACUCCUCUUUGCUAUUUGCAACAUAUUUCCAACACUGCAAUAAUUUCCCAGCAGAGCAGAGCGACUCGGGGAUUCUCCAUGCUUUGCUCGGGAACACAAGGUGGGCCUUGAGUAUGUCCCAAUUCAUUCUCAACGAGAUACUUGAUCUUGCCGACGACUUUGAAAGUGUUCUCCAUGACUCGGAGGCCUUUAGUCAAAAGUUAAAAACAACAACUUCGCUACCCCUCCUUAUCUCCCUCUCCAGUAUGUCGCGUGCGUUCAUGCGCAUAAUUUGUCGUGGCCUGCGCGGCGUCCGCAACGGAUUCGAAAAUGUCAACACCGCCGCAAUUGACGCCGAAUCCCGCUCCUGUUGGGUCGAGAUCUGCCGAGCCAUCGAGACUUCUCCAAUCCGCGUGGAUCUCUACGAGAAGUUCCUCGCCGGUGUUGAUUCCGCCGUCAAACACGCCUAUCAGGGUUCCGGCUUCGGCGAUGCCGAGCGGCCCAGUCCCGAAAAGGAACUCCUUGUAAACGCACGCAUCCCUCCGGUCCUCGUGCCCGCCGUCGAGACCCUCUUCACCCAAACCGUUCCAUCCAUUCGAUCAGAAAUCAACCGGAAAGAAAUCGUCAUGGGCGACUACAGCUGGCUGGGUCUUGACAACGAUCCGGGCACCGCGACGUAUCGCAAGCGCCAUGAUAUAGACAUUUUGAUGAAGGUGCCUCUCCGGCCCGUGACGGGUCGACAGGACCUCGCUGUGGCGCCGAUGGCGCGACGACGGCGCUGUGUGCGCUGUGGUGAGAUCUCCGGGGAUGCGGGCCGGCCGCGGACGAAUGCGUGGACAAAGAUGAUGCUUCGGCUGCAUGCUCUGAAAAUGUGCCCUUGUGGUGGCGCUUGGGUCAUGGAGACGCCAGAUUCUGUGUCGCCAGAAGGCGUUUCGAGUUCAGGCGGAUUGGGUGGAUCUGGCCCUGUGAACGUGUCCAAGGCUGUGGAGGUGGCAGGAUCUGGAUAA